UUUGACGCAGGCGCAACAAGCUUCCCGGACAGUCAACAGCAACAGCGGAGAACCUCAACAUGGCCCCCAAAUUUGAAAUUCCAAACGCCGCGACGAUCGUCUGGCUGCUCGUCCUCUGUCUGAUCCCCCCGGCGGAGGCUUACGACACGGGCGACGCUUUAGCCCUGCUCCUGGGCACCGUCUUGGCCGUGGUGGGCUUCUGCAGCUGCCUUGGCUGGUACGCACGGAGGCGGAACGGACAGCUGUGAUGAGAUGGGACCCUUCCGAUCGUGCGCCAGUCCUGUCCUGUUUACCAUCCACCGCAUUAAUCCCUCCCUGUGUGUGUGAGAUCUCCGGCGGACCUUCUAGCACAGGGGGUCGUGUCGAAGCGGCUGACAGGAAACGUGCCUUAUUGGAAUUAAUGCGUCGGGCUCGACGGGAACCAUGUGGACUCUGUUGGGGGAGGUGGAGGGAAGCAUCCAGGAAGUCCAAAACCAGGAACUGUUACUUGUUGCACUGCUGAGAUUCAGAACCAAACACAGUUGCCUUCUAUACGUAAAGACUGCUGCAGUUAUUCUCCUAUAAGGAAGCUUGCAUUGCAUAUGGCGCAUAUUUGCUAUGCUUGAAGUAAUCACUGCGAGUUCCAGAUGUGUUUAUGUUUGCAAUGCUGAACACAACCAUUGCCAUUGUUUGAAGCACAAUAUCACACGUGUGUUAUUAGGUGAAAAAGAGUGGAGCUGCUUUUGCACUUUCUGCUAGACUAUCGCUUUGUGAGAAUAAAUUGAUUUCUCCGAUGCUCUUCACAGCUCGUGGUCAUGAAAUGUAAAUGAUAUGCUGUAUAAUCCUGUUCCCUCUGCUCCGCUUUCACGUAGGACGUGUGGAGGAGAGUGCUCUCAUGAACAGGUGUGGAAUAAUUCACCAGUUUGGGGCAUCCACACCUUUUCCAUGCAGUCUCACCUAUAUGUGAUGUAGGCUACUCCAUUACAAGUUAAAUCCCCACAAAAUCCUACAUAAUUGAAAAUACAGCAGUGUUAUCAGCAGAAUACAAAGAAUAAGAAUAAAAAAUAAAAGCACUUGUUCUGCAGAUUAA